AUGAUUGAUUAUGUUGGAGAGAAGAAUGUGAUCCAAAUCGUGACGGAUAAUGCCUCCAAUUACAAGAAAGCUGGAAUGACGCUGCAAGUAAGGAUACCCUCACUGUUUUGGUCUCCAUGUGCAGCACAUUGCAUCAGAAAGUCAAUAGCUUUGACCGGUUAUAUUUACAGUAAGAUGGGCGUGCUGAACAUGAUGAGAAGAUAUACGAAUAAGAGAGAGUUACUUAGGCCGACAGUCACUAGAUUUGCUACUUCCUUCAUCACUUUGAGGUCCAUCCAUAACCAGCGGCAGAAUCUCAUAAAAAUGUUCACCAGUGAUGAAUGGACUACUAGUCAGUGGUACAAAGAGGAAUCCGGAAAACAGGUAACUACUACUGUGUUGAAUGAUGCUUAUUGGAGACAUAUUGUCCAUGCACUCAAAUUGGGUUCUCCUCUUAUUGAGGUGUUGAGAAUGGUUGAUGCUGAGCGCAAGCCCGCGAUGGGUUAUAUUUAUGAGGUUAUGGAUCGUUGUAAAGAGACCAUUUCCAAGUCAUUCAAAGGAAACGAAGACAAGUAUAAGAGAGCAUUUGAUGUAAUUGACUCUAGAUGGAAUGAUCAAUUGCACAAACCAUUGCAUGUUGUGGGUCAUUACUUGAAUCCGGCAAUCUUUUAUAAAGAUGUGAAAGCUGAAUGGUGGAAACAUUAUGGGUCUAAGGCACCAAAUUUGCAAAACUUUGCAAUUCGAGUCUUGAGCCUAACUUGUAGUGCUAUUGGAUGUGAGAGGAAUUGGAGUACUUUUCAACAUGAUGAGGAUGAGGAUGCGGGGGGUGAUGAUUUUGUCUUCCAAAAUGAGUCGCUCAGAUGGAGAGAUGUUGGUAGAGCUUCUGGUGUGUUGGAGCCAUCUCACAAUACUAGAGGCAACACAAAUACUCGAGAUCAUGCCUCAAGCUCCAAGUCUACUCGUAUUCUUGUGGAUGAAGAUGAAGAGAAUGAAGAUAUAAACUUGGUUGGAGCAGAAUUUGAUGAAGGAGAAGAUGACUAUCAUCUAAGUGAAGAUGAUAUAUAA